AUGGCCAGUCACGAGCAUCUACGCGGCUCCUGUCAAUGCGGGAGGAAUCAAUACCAAAUUCGACUGUCCGACAAUAUAACUGACUACGCCCACGUCUACUUCGACACUAGCCGAGACAAUCGAAGAUUCCACGCAGCUCCACUGACAGCCUGGCUUCGUGUCCCCUUAACCUGGUACCAAUCCCACACCCAAUCCUAUUUUCCCGAUGAAACACACAGCACCAUCCGCCGCAUCUUCUCCCCGCGCCAUGCGCCACAUACUCAGCGGGUCUUUUGCGGCUACUGCGGCACGCCACUCACAUACUGGAGCGAGGACCCGCGCGAGGAAGCGGAGUAUAUGUCAGUGUCGAUAGGAAGUUUGUUUGGUGAUGACCAGCGCAUGUUGGAAGACUUGGAACUAUUGCCUCCGGAAUCGCCUCCUCACUCUUCUGAUGAGGAGAGGGAAGCAGACGAGGAACAAGAGCAGCCUGCGAAGCGGAAAGAAAAGGUAGUCGUUAGUCCGGCUACAGCUCAACAAAGCGCCCAUCCAUCAGAUGUGGUCAUCCCGUCUAGGUCGGCGGUCUCACGGAGCUACAGGCAUGGCACACUGGGCGGGAUCCCGUGGUUCGAAGAGAUGGUGGAGGGAAGUCGGCUGGGGAGGAUGAUGAAGACUAGGCGCGGCGUUGGGGUUAGUGAUGACCAGUCUACCAGUUUCGAGUGGGAGAUUAGCGAGUGGACGAGCGAUAAUACGCAGGCGGCGGGUAAACGAAAGCGUGGACAUCAUACUAAUGUGGAGGAUACUGAAUCUACUUAG